CCCCCCACCUGGGAUUGAACCACUACUCUAUACUGCUUAAAUUAGAAAUAAUUUGGAGCCUAUUGCAUUUUGUAAGAUACAUCUAUACUGUAAAAGGGAAAUCAAGUUGUUUUUUGUGUUAAUGUUACGUGUGGAAAAAUCAAUACACACACACACACACCUUACUUAAACAGUUGUCACAGCAUAUGGGAUCCUGAUCUUAAACACAAAGGGCAGCAGUGUGGAGUACUGGUUACGGGGGCUCUGGACUCCUGACCGGAGGGUCUUGUGUGGGGGUUCAAUCCCAGGUGGGGCGCACACUGCUGCUGUACCCUUGAGCAAGCAGGCAGGUGCUUUACCUCCUAGAUUGAUAGAUGGAUUUUUACUUGAGCAAUCUAGGAGGUAAAGCAUCUGCCUGCUUGCUAAAGGGUCUAACUGUCUAAAUUGUAAAUCACCCUGGAAAAGGGUGUCUGAUAAGAAAUCAUCCAUCCAUUAUCAUAACCGCUUUAACACACAGUGCAAUACAUACAUACACACAUGUAGACUCUAUAUAGAGAGACAAGGAGUCAAUACAUCGAUCCAUUAUCAUAACUGCUUAAUCCUUUAGAGGGGUAAACUGGAGCCUAACUCGGCAGACAGAGAGCGCAAGGCAGGACUACACCCUGGAUGGGAUGCCAGCCUAUUGCAGGGCACCGAACACAUACACACACACACACAGAGGACAAUUUAGAGUGACCAAUCAAUCUGAACAGCAGGUCUUUGGACCGUGGGUGGAAACCAAAACCAGAGUACCCGGAUAAAACCCACAAUGCGAACACAUUGGGGAGAACAUGCAAACUCCACACAGACAGACCCCUGAGGCCUGAAUUGAACCUAGGACCAUGGAGCUGUGCCACCCUUAAGGAGAAAUAAUAAUAAAAAAACAUGAAAAGGUCAAAUAAAAAGAAAAUUUGAAGCCACAAACCACAAGAAAGUGUAUUUGUAUGACAACUAUAAUUCACUCUAGUACAGCUAUCUGCUAAGAAAUAAUAAUAAUAUCAUGUGUUGCAAAAUAUAAUGAGAUGUCUUCAUCAAAAAGAACAUUUGAAACCACAAGAAAGUUUCCAUGUAGUCCGAGUCCUGUGCAGAACUUAACAAGAGACCGCCUUCUUGACUAGCUAAGUGCAAAAUGAACAGGUUCCAUGUAGCCAGUUUUGCAGCCUGCUAGCUUUAUUGACGCAUGGCUGUGUGCACAACUUAACAAAAGAUCACCUUCCUGUUGACUAGCUAAGUGCAAGAUGAACAGACUCCAAACCACAAAACCAGAAGAUUGAAAUGUCACAAAGCCAGUGUAAGCCACACCUACACCCGAGGAAACAUUUAAAGGUGGCUGCUACUAGAGAAAGACACAUCAUUUUUGAAACCCAAAACUCAAAAAGGAUUUCCAGCCUCAUUCCAGAUCGCCAUCAAACCAUGAACAUCUCCUCUUCUCCCUUCCCCUCCCUCACCUCUCGCCCUCCCUCCUCCCCCUCCUCCCUGGGCUCCUCUGAGAUAGUGGGCACUCUCUUCUUGGGCUUGGCGUUUGUUCUGGGUUUCCCAGGGAACCUGUUUGUAGUGUGGACGGUGCUGUGCCGUGUGGCUCGUCGCUCAGUCACCUGCCUGCUGGUGUUGAAUCUGGCCGCAGCCGACGCCCUGGUUCUGCUCAGCGCUCCCUUCUUCAUACGCUACUUGGUCGGGGGACGGGGAUGGGAGUUUGGCUCGUCCUUCUGCAAGCUGGUUCAUUACCUCUGCAGCGUCAACAUGUACGCCUCCAUCUUCCUCAUCGCCGCCAUGAGCCUCGACCGCUUCCUGGCUGUGUCCCGUCCCUUCCUGUCUCAGCAGCUUCGCACCAAGAGGGCCCUGCUGAAGAUCCUGCUGCUCAUCUGGAGCCUGGCCUUCCUCUUUGCCAUCCCCAUGCCCUUCUACCGCAGAGUUUCCCUGAAAGGUGGGCUGGAAUACUGCAUACCAUUCCACAGUGAUCCAAAGCACAUGGUUUUCCAAUACCUGAUGGAGAUCUUAAGUUUCCUGGUUCCGUUUUCCAUUAUCCUCUUCUCGUCUCUUUACAUUUUCAGGAAAUUAAGAAACACCGUGUUUGAGAAUAAAAGCAAACAGAUAAUCCUUCCCGUUGUGGUCGCUUUCUCUGUCUUUUGGAUGCCCUACCACAUCGUGAACCUGAUCCAGGUUUCAGGAGCCUUAGCUGGGGAAAAAUCAAUGAACAACUCCCUCCUUGGAGCUGCCGAAACUGCCAGGCCCUACGUGACGGCUUUUGCUUUCUUCAGCAGCAGCGUCAACCCAGUUCUCUACGCCUUCAUUGGGAGGUCCUACAUCCGCUCGGACGGCAUCAAUUUCAUAGCUAUCAUGCUGGAACAAACUAAUUCUGAAUUGCAGGGCUCAAGGUUAUAACCAACCAAGUGGAGAAAGACUGAAGGGCUCACACAGUCUUCAGAAAUUCAGCAGAGACACAAACACUUAAAGGAACCUUAUGUAUAGAUUGUAUGGGUGGAGCAUCUGAUGGUUGAAUGUGCUAAAUGCGAGAAGCUUUGUGGAAGGAUAUUUGGGCUUUUAAUAUUUCAGAUAGGCACGCACGGUGGCAUGGUGGUUAGCACUGCUGCCUUACAGCUCCAGGGUCCUGGGUUCAAUUCUGACCUUCAAGGGUCUGUCUGCGUGGAGUUUGCAUGUUCGUCCUAUGUUCAUGUAGAUUUUCUUCAGGUACUCCGGUUUCCUCUCACAGUCCAUAGAGAUGAUGUUCAUGUUGAUCGGUCACUCUGAAUUGCCCUCUGUUUGUGUGUGUGUGUGUUUGUGGUACCCUGCGAUGGACUGGCGUCCCGUCCAGGGUGUAGUCCCACCUUGCGCUGUGUCUGCCGGGUAGGCUCUGGCUCACAUCGACCCUCUAAGGGAUUACAUGGUUAUGAUAAUGGAUGUGUGGAUAUUUCAAAUAAUUUCUGCAAGGAUAGCAUAGGUCAUGAAAAUAAAAUUGAUAAUAAUUUUGUAUUGUAUGACAUUGAAGCAACUGGUACAAAUUUUCCACAGUUAAAAAAAAAGAAAUAAAAAGUUUAUUUUA